AUGGUCCCCCUAUCCGCCUGUGACGGUGCUUCGAUAGUGACCCGUACGGGGACUACUCAUACAUUUCUACUCGACAAGACUACGGGUACCUUCCGACUGGGCGAGGAAGAUCACAAGCCCUCUAAUGACGCUACCUGCCAAGCGGCCGACUUCUUCUUGCGCCUGUCCAGGUGGGGCUUAUCGGCUUGCCUGCUCGGCCAGAUGACCCCCACCGAAGUCUUGUUGUACACCGCCAGAAUAGCUGAGCUUGGACGCUGUACGGGUGUCUCCUGUAUGCAAGCGGCUGACGCUGAAGUUCGAGCCGAACUGUCGAUGGGUAGUUCUGACGAUGCGUGGGGCAAGCAACUAACUGAUGGCCACCAAGAUAUCCUGUCCAAGCACAGGCAGAACGGGCGAGCUUCAAUAGCUCUCAAUAAAUCCUUCCACCCGAGUGGUCAUAGCUCGAGAAGCUCACACUCCCAUGCCUCUACAAAUCGCCCGAGACAGACUGAAGUCUGCAGGCAGUACAGCCGUGGUAAUUGUCGCUUUGGUCGCAACUGCAAGUAUCAGCACAUCAAGCAGCAGGAGCCAUCAACCAGGAUCAAGUCCGAGGAUCGUCAAAGUACGUCGAAGAAGCACUGA